UGCAGUGACUGUCAAUGUCAUACGCCAAUACCCUCCCCUUACCCCUGUGAUCUUUCUCUUUCCGAGUAGACCUCAACCAUGGCGGCCGGGGUACUUUAUACUUAUCCGGAAAAUUUUCGUGCUUAUAAGGCGUUGAUCGCCGCACAGUACUCCGGAGCCGAUGUAAAAGUAGCUCCUAACUUUGUCUUCGGCGAAACUAAUAAGUCAGAUGGGUUCCUGAAGAAGUUCCCGGCCGGCAAAGUACCAGCAUACGAAAGCUCUGACGGGAAAGUUCUACUUACAGAGAGCAACGCAAUUGCCUACUAUGUGGCAAACGCUACUCUCCGUGGGUCAGAUGUGGCCACACAAGCUGCUAUCUACCAGUGGGCAUCAUGGGCUGACAGCGAGCUGCUCCCUGCCUCUUGCGCCUGGGUCUUCCCUUACCUGGGCAUUAUGCAGUUCAACAAACAGAAUGUAGAGCGUGCAAAGACUGACCUGUUGGCGGCCCUGAAGGUUCUGGAUGACCAUCUCCUCACUCGCACAUUUUUGGUCACUGAACGCAUCACCUUGGCUGACAUCAUUGUCUUCACAACACUGAUACAUGCCUUCCAGAAUGUGUUGGACUCCAGCUUACGUUCCUCACUCGUGAAUGUACAGCGUUGGUUCUUGACGCUGGCCAACCAGCCUCAAGUGUCCUCUGUCACAGGAGCCAUCACCUUGUGUGAAGCUCCCCCCACAUAUAAUCCUAAGAAAUGCCUCGUGCAAUCCAAGAAGGAUGGUGAUAAGAAAGAUAAGAAGGCUGAGAAGAAGGAACAGCCCAAAAAGAAGGAGGAGAAACCAGAGCCCACAUUAGAUGAUGACAUUGAUGAGAAGCCCAAAGAGUCUAAGGACCCUUUUGACUCCAUGCCAAAGGGUACUUUCAACAUGGACGAUUUCAAGAGGUGCUACUCCAAUGAGGACGAGGCAGUGUCUAUCCCCUACUUCUGGGAGAAGUUUGACCCCGAAAACUAUUCUAUCUGGUACGCUGAGUACAAGUACCCCGAAGAGCUCUCCAAGGUGUUCAUGAGCUGCAACCUCAUCACUGGCAUGUUCCAGCGCCUGGACAAGAUGCGCAAGCAGGCGUUCGCGUCGGUGUGCCUGUUCGGCGCCGACGACGACUCCAGCAUCUCGGGCGUGUGGGUGUGGCGCGGCGCCGACCUCGCCUUCCCGCUGUCGCCCGACUGGCAGAUUGACUACGAGUCGUAUGACUGGAAGAAGCUAGACCCCAAGAGCGAGGAGACCAAGAAGAUGGUGCAAGAUUACUUCUCAUGGUCCGGUACCGACUCCAAGGGUCGCAAGUUCAAUCAGGGCAAGAUAUUCAAGUGAGAGGCAUUACGAGCUCCUAUGCCACCACUGACCUCAGUCCUCCCGUCUAUAAAAUGUUUAAGAAUAACUUUUUGAUACUACACUACAGAAUGUUUCUAUGAUCACAUAAUUUAUAUAUACAAUAAUAUAUGUAUAAGUUGUCUGAAUGUCAGUGCUAGGCUCGGUUGUUUUGUGUCUAGUUCUCUACUUGAGUGCUAGUCAUAUUUAUAUUGUAAAGCAAAUGCAUUUAUGUGUCUUAUCGAAACAGCCAUGAUUAUUUUCGCGAUUGUAUGAAGGUAACAAAUAAAAUUUGUUUUUUAUUUA